ACAUAAAAUUAUUUAUGAAUAAACUGAUAAACAUUAAAGAGAUACUUGUAUUAUCACAAGAUAAUUAAUCUUGUAAUAACACAUUUAUACUUAACAAAGUCGUGUAAUAAAAAAGCAGUAAUACACAAACAAGCGUCAGUAUCAUAAUAUUUUUUCAAGAGAUACAUUAUAGUUUAAUUAUUAUUCGAAAUGAUACAGUAUUUAACAAUAAUUUUUGUGUUAUUAAUUUUUAAAUUAUCUGGUUCUUUGUCUGAGAAAUUAUUAACAGAAAUAGUUAGUACAAAUAAAGGACCAGUACGUGGUGAAAUUGUUAAAACUGUACAAAAUUUAAUUGAUUAUUCAGCAUUUAGAGCAAUUCCUUAUGCAAAGCCACCAAUUGGUGAACUAAGAUUCAAGCCUCCAGUUGAAGCUGAUCCUUGGAAUGAAGUUUUAAUUGUCACAAAUGAAGCAAAUUUAUGUCCACAAUUAAAUAGUACUGAUAAAUCAUUUCGUGGAAAUGAAGAUUGUCUUUAUCUCAAUGUUUUUACACCAAAGAUUCAAUUUAAUCCAAGUGAUGAUGAAUUAUUAGCUGUGAUGGUAUGGAUUUACGGUGGAGGAUUUUAUGAAAGAGAUAUAAAUAGUUCACGAUAUGGACCAGAUUUUUUAGUUGAAAAUAAUGUUAUUAUUGUUGAUAUGAAUUAUCGAGCUGGAGCAUUAGGUUUUUUAUCGUUGAAUCAUCGUAAUGCAACUGGAAAUAUGGGUUUAAAGGAUCAAGUACUUGCAUUAAAAUGGGUUAAAAAAAAUAUUAAAAAUUUUGGUGGUGAUCCAAUGAGGAUUACAAUAUUUGGACAAAGUGCUGGUGGUGCUGCUGUUAUGUAUCAUAAAAUAUCUGAUGCUUCACGUGGAUUAUUCAAUGCAUCAAUAUCAAUGAGUGGAUCAGUAUUAAAUCCUUGGGCAAUAUCAUCAACUGAUGAAGCAGUAUCACGUGCAUUUUUAGUUGGUAAAAAACUUGGUAUUACAACAACCAAUAAAGAAUUGUUAUUGGAAAAAUUAUAUAAUUCAACACCAGAAGAACUUGUUCGUGCUUCUCAAAUAUCUGUUGGAAUAGAUUUAUUUUUUAAACCAACAAUCGAAGAUCCUGAUAUUGCAACAGAUCCAUUUUUAACAAAUUGUCCAAUUAAAAUAUUAAAAUCACAAAAUUAUACACAACUUCCAGCUAUGCUUGGAUUUGUUGAAUAUGAAGAGCUUCAAUCUGGUGAUGAAUUUUCAAAGAUUGGAGUAUCAUUAAUACAAUUAAUCAAUUCAACAAAUAUUUCGAAAUUAAUUAAUACAACAGAGCUAGAAAUAUGGGCAAAAAAAUUACAUGAUAAUCAUGUUUAUGCACUUAUCAAUGCAAUAAGUGAUUAUUUAUUUGUUGCUGGAAUUGAUAAAACUCAACAAUUAUUGGCUGAUGGUUCUGCGCCAAUAUAUUAUUAUAAAAAUUCAUUUGACUAUGAUAUGUCAUAUCACAAAGUUGAAAAUAGAUCUAAUCUUAAUGGCACUGCUCACAGUGAUGAUAUAUAUCAUAUUUUUUGGCUUGAAAAUGCUCAUCAAUCACUCGAUCCAUCUAGUGACAUAAGUAAACAUAGAAAUAAAUUAGUUAAAUUAUGGACAAAUUUUGCUAAAUAUUUUAAUCCAACACCAAAUGGAACUUUAGAUAGUCUUUGGAUUCCAUCAGGAAAAGAAGGAAUGAUUUUAGAAAUUGGACAAACUGAUACCAAAAUGGCACCAAGACCAGCCAGUUCAUUUGUUCAAAUUUUACAAAAACUUACAUUAAAUUUUGAAGAAAAAUUAAAUGGAUGUUUAUAAUAAAAAUUAAAUAUAUGUAUCUACUGACAUUUAAAAUGAAAUUAUCCUUAUAUCAAUUCAAAAACAGAAAAAUAAAAAAAACCAGUUAUUUUUAUUUAUUUAUAAAAAAUUUCAGGGUCGUUUGUUAGUUUGAUCAUCGAUCCAUAUCGAUAUGCUUGUUAUAAUCAAUUAAAAAUACUUACAUUAGCAUUAUUAUUAUCUUGACGUUGAUGAUCAGUCAUUUUUUUUUCCAUCAGCUGUUUUUUUAAAUUAACAACAAUUAUUGUAAAUUAAAAAUUAUCACUUUAUGUUGUACGAUUGUUAAUAAUAAUUUUUUUUUUUUCUCAAGUGCAUUUUAAUUAUUUUUAAAAAUUAAAAUUUACGACAUUAAAACAAGGAAGUUAUCAGUAUAAUUUAUUACUGCCAAUUUAUUUAUCAUGAUGAUUAGCAUAUUCUUGUGUUUAUCUGAUAAUUUGUUUAUGUUUUUAAAUUUUUUAUAUUUCUUUUCCCCCACUACGAAUCAUUCGAAUAGUAUUUAACACGCUCAGUGAGCAUAUCAUCAUUGAUAAAUCCAACCGAGACGAGUUUUUUGUUUCUAAAAAUUUUAUUUAACAACAAAAAAAUUAAAAAUGAUUUAUAAAAUUAUUAUUUUAACACUUGUUUGUACAUAUGUUGUUUGUAAUGACAUGAAGGAAUCAACAUUACCAGAAGUUCCCGAAGAUGGAACAUGUGUUGAAGGACAAAAUUACCGAUUAGAUUGCAAUACAUGUCAUUGUUUUGGUAACAAUCAACUUGGUUGUACUCUCAAAGGUUGUCUCCCUUCAGGUGUAUUAUGAAAAAGAAAAUGGUAAUUGAUUAAAAAAAAUUGUCAAUAAUUUAUAAUAUCAACAAAAUAAUUACUUGAAUUAUUCGAAUAAAUAAAUUACAUUUUAUAUAUAUUUAUUUAUUUAAUUUCCAUUGUUAAUAAAAAAAAAUAAAAUAAAUAAAGUAAAAAAAAAAAGAAUUCAAUAAAAAUAUUUAAUUAAAUUAUUUGAUAAAUUAAACAAAGCCAGUAAGAAAUUAAAUUGAAUAAAUUGAAGGUUUGAUUACUACUUGAUAUCGAGGACAAAUAGAAAAAAAAUAAAAAUGUGAUUAUUGCAAAAUACAAUCGAUGCUACAAUGACCAUGAGUCUUUGACCUUCGAUGCGUAUGUAUUACACUUGUAUGCUGGUUAAAUUAAAAACGACAACGUGCCAAGAUUUUUCCUCUACCAAAAAUAACCCCCGGAAGAAAAUUCUUUAAAAUAUAACAACAAUAUUUAUGAAAUUUUUGACGAGAAUACAGAAGAAAUUAGCAUACGAGAAUUUUUUUUUUUUUUAAAUAUUUAAACUAAAUAAAAAUAUAUUACUUGGAAAAUUUUUAAUGCUUUAUACUUGACAUUAAAAAAUAGAAAUAAUAUGAAAAAUUAAAAUGAUAUUUAUUUUAUAAACAAAUGGAAUUUUUUUGAAUAAAAAAAAAAAAAAUAUAUACGGUAUUUGAAAAACAAUUUCAUAAACAUCAAGUUGAAUAAACAUAUAAUUAUUUGAACUUGUUAUCUUGUAUAUUUGUUCGUUUAUUAAUUAUUCAUCACCAACAAUAAAAUGACACAUGACUGUUCUGUUUCCGUACAGCACUAUCAUCACCGAAUUA